UAGCCAGUCAAAAAUAAUAAUUAUCUUCCUGCGCAUCUCAAUCACAUCGUGUUUCGGCACGGCGGAGACCAUGAGCCAUCCUUGAAAGUCGGCCGUCUCCUUGCGACGCCCCUCUUUGCCCCCCGGACCCGGGUCUCGCCCUUCCGGACCUUGGAUCGCCUCCCCCCCUCACCACCAUGCUGCCUGGUGUCUCGGCCUAUAACUCUGCCUUGGUUCUCCUCCUUGCGGCUCCGUCGUGGACUCUGCUGUGUGCUGCUGCGCCGUGGACUGGACUCCUGUCGCGCCGACAGCUGAUAUUCGAUUACUCGCCCGCCCCGCCGCCAGACCAAGGUCCCCCACUCUCUGCCGGCGCCCUUCGGGACCCGGCUUUCCUCCCGGCUCAGAUCGGCGGCAUCGUCGGAGCCUACGCCUUCUCGCUGGUGCUGGUCGCCCUUCUCCUCCUCGGUCUUUCCAAGAGACGCCGCGAACACUUGCGGAACCGUGACUUCGCGCACAACACCGACGCUUUCUUCGACUUCAAUCCAUUCCCAGAACCGUUCCUGCUCCAGUCAGAGGAGGAAUACCAACGACGACUCGAAGCGUUUCAGAACGAGCAGCUCCAGAACGAGCAGUUCCAGCACGAGCAGUUCCGGAAGCUUUCUCUUCAGACCGACUUCCCGAGGAGUCCAGUCAGGAACUUCUCGCUCCCCGCCUCUGCUUCGCCGCUGAGCCCGACGAAGUCUGGUCCGCUCAGCCCGACCAAGUCGCAACGCUCGGCCUUCACCUCCUCGCCCACUUCGACGGUGCUCGCCCCCGGCAUCGAUCUCUCAGUCGACCAGUCGAUCGUCAAUCGAGACAGAGCCAUGGCGCAACAACAGCUCGAGGAGAUGUACAAGUACGUGAUGGAGCACGAGCAGGCGAAGGCCGAGGGGAGGGAGUACCAGGGACCGCCGCUCCCUGUCCCGCCAUCCAACUCGGCGGGCGCUAGCCCGGCGAAGGCGGGUUCGGGGAAGAAGGAGAAAAACAAGCCGUCAAACCUGAACCUCGCUCGUGACGAGAAGAACCAGUCGCGCGGCUCGUCCAUCUUCUCCUUCCUCAAGUCGCCUCGCAAGAACAAGACGCAAGCUGCCGGCAUGAACAUCUCCUCCCCGAUCAUGACACCCAUGUCGGGCACCUUCCCGCGGCACCGCGACGACCAGGAGAUGAACCCCAUGUCGCCGCGGCAAUAUGCGCCGCCUGCUCCACCGCCGGGGCCUUCUGAUCUGCCCUUCCGUCGGGCGACCGCCGUCUCCGCUGCCGGAAGCAACCAGCUCCCAACCCCGGAUAUCUCGCCCGUCAGCACGCAGAGCAUCGACUCGCGCAUCGACGCCGCCAUCGGCCAGGUCCCGGCCCGCACCACUGCCGCUCCCCGCGAGCAGCGCGACCGGGAAACCCGCAGCGACAGCCGCCUGCCCUCGCAUUCGCGCGACGUCUCCACCGCCACCAGCACAUCAGGCGACCACCACGAGCCCGUGUCGGCCAGCUCCGAGAAGUCUACCAGCAACCUGGUCGGCCUGCCGACCUCGCCGCGCCCGGGCGUCAACCGCUUCCCGUCGCUCGACUCCCUGCCGGCAUCCCCCCGCCCAGGCCAGCAAUCCUUCCUGCAGCACUCCAACUCGUCCACCUCGUCCGGGCCCAAGCCGGCCUCGGCCGUGCGCGAGGGCGGCACCCUGCCGCUGCGCGCCUACGAGCCCUCGUCGCUGAGCAGCCCGACGGCGGCCAGCUUCGCGACCAAGCAGACCGUCUUCACGCGCGCCGACCCCGGCCCGCUGUCCCCCGGCGCCGGCGGCCUGCACACGGGCGGCCUGCGCUCCCCCUGGACCGGCGCGCCCGUGCCCUACUCGCCCUACCAGCCCUUCUCGCCCGUCAUCCCCAUCACGCCGACGGUGGUGACGCGCGCGGACCGCAAGCGCAUGAAGAAGCUGGAGCCGAGGACGCCGACGGUGGAGAUGGUCAAGGAUACGGAUGAGAUCUGGUAGUUAUCUUUUUCUUGUUCUUGUUCUUCUUCUUCUUUGUCUGUCCUCCUUCGGGUGCUGGUUUUUGUGUGUGUUGUUUCGGGUCAAGGGAAAGAACAGGGUAAGGGAGGGUUCUUAAUUCUCAGAUCUGGUUGGUUGAGUGGCAGGAAGGCGGGCAUCAGAGGAUAGGAUGUCCGUACAGUAGAGGAGGAUUUGAUAUCCAUGACGACGGGAGCAAUUGAGCCAAGUUUUUGUCUCGUU